GGAUGGUUGCGUGUGUUCCCUCAUUCUGUUGCUUACGUUUGCAGACAACGUGAGCAAAUGUUGCCCCGCGCAGCAAACAAUGCACACUGGAUAAAACAGGUCCUUGGCCGCCCCGAUAAGGGACGUGUGGACGUGUGCGUGAUUUGCAGAAUGUUGCAUUCCAGCUCGCAGCGAAGUCACGUUCCCGGAAGCGGAGCAUGACAUGUUUUUUUUUCGUCGUUGCCAUUAAACUCUUCCAGCAUCUGGAGUUAACGUCGCUCAGGGGACGGGAGUAAGGGAGAGAAUGUUCUCAAAAUUGAACUGCGUACUACGCUGCAUCUCGGCUGCCUAAACUUCGAUCCAAGGUCUAAUAAUGAAAUGUCCUGCCUCUUGAUGUCGUAUGACAUGAACUGCACUGAUUGUAACUUGACCAACUUAAGCGGCACAGCCAUGGGAAAGAUGAUGCUGGGACACAAUGGAGUCCGAGGCAGCAGAGAAUAUAAAGAUCGGGUUGCCGAUGGUGAGAGCAAGCAAGAGUAUCGACCCAAGCAUCGUAAAACGUAUCCGCUCCGGAAGCGGAUACACUGUCAAUCUGGCGAUAUCCCUUCCCUGGGUAUUGCCAAAGAUCUGGAAGGAAUAUCGGUUGAUGGAGCAAGUCCUACACAGAAUAUCACGGAGCCCUGGGAUUACCAGGGCAACCAGGACAGGCUGCGAGUGGAAGGGCCCGAGGAGGAGAGAACACAAGACACUGGCAAGGAGAAUGACAGGACAGUGGCUGUGGCCCCUCGUGCCGCCGAGCCGCGGCCUCGAAGGUUGGCCAGCCUCAACGCGGAGGCCGUCAAUAACCUGCUGCUGGAGCGCGAGGACUACCCGUCAUCGAGCCGCCGAUGCCGGAGAAGCACCAGCUGUAGUGUGGAGUAUGCUGGGAGCAAGACUGGACUCCCAGCCAAAAAACAGACGGGUAACCUGGGCGGUUCGUCAGAUGGAGACGUUUUUACCAAGGGCGAGAGCGGCGCUGCACUGGCCAGUCAUGGCUGCCCUAGUGUGUCGGUUGAGCGGCCGACUAAGAAACGCAUGGCCAGCCUCAAUGCUGCUGCAUUCCUCAAGCUGAGCAACACCAAGGACGGUUCAGCCAGCCGUCGCAGUCGGACAGACAGGGAGGGCAAACCAGCCAGGGGGGUCGGGGGGACCCGGCUGCCCAUCUCUCACCCGCAGGCUGGGCAACAGUGCCCGCAGGCCAAGAAAGGUGACCUGAGGAAUAGUGUCUCAGCUGUACCAUCGCCAGAUGCUGGCACUGGAGGCUGUGAAGUGUCACAGAAAGAUGAGUCGACCAACAUGGUGCACCACGCCAGAAGGUUGCCUAUUACCGUGGACCUUCCCUGUCAGUGUGCAGACAAGACCAAACAAUACUUCCGUCAGUUCUCAAUGCUCAUGGGCGACCAAGCCAUGACUCAGCCCAAGUACCAGACCGUGGAGGAGAACCGUGCCUCAGGUGCUGACUUUGCACAACCUUUCCAGUCACACUCUAAGUUGACUUUACUGGAUAAUUUUGUGUCUGCUUCAGACCACUACGAGUUUCUGCCUCCUGAUGUCUGUCUUGCUUCUCCAGUGGACGACCUCUACUUACACUAUGAUAGAAAUGACCUGCUGCCCGUUGGAUGCAAUUCUCCACACGGCUGCUCAAUGUGUUCAGCCAGUUUCUCCUGUUGUACCCCACCGGACGAUGAAGGUACCCUCCUCAUUUCGCAGAGCACUGUACCCUCGGGUGUCCCUUUUUCACAUGCUCCAUGCAGGGACUCCCUUUGCUUUGUGGGAGACACAGCCUCUGUACAGUGCGUGGGUGUUUCUGACUACGACUUUUGCAGAAUGCUUCAUCCAUCACUGGACCAGGACGUGGUUGGAAGGACUUUAAACUCAAAUCGGACCAACUGUCAGAACGAGCUGGGACAGAAAACAGACGAGUACAAGUCCCUGGAGCCACUUAGUGUAACCACGCCAGUCACGGGUCAUCCAGCGUCACCAGCAAAUCCUCUCUCGGGCUGCCCUGUCCCCACAGCUCCUUCUGCUGCUGAAACUGUCCCCUACAUCCAGCACCCUGGUUUGGACAUAACCUCAGCCACAAGACCCCACACCUUGUCUAUGCCGAAGCUGACCCGUGAGUGCCCUCAGAGCUCCAAACCACCCAGCGGUUCCAAGUCCAGCCGUUCUUCACCUGCCCAGCAGAGUAAAGCUGGCACAGGCCACUCGGAGAGUAAGCAGCAGAGAAUCAGCAGGAGACGAGGCACGAAUGGCUGGCUCCCCGUAGGAGAGCCCUACGAGAAACCUGUCUACGUUGUGGGUGAAGUGCAGCCCCUGAUUCGCAAGUGCUAUCCAGCAGUACAAAGAGACGGAGAAGUGGUCAAGGUUCGGGACACUGUCUUAUUGAAGUCGGGACCUAGGAAGAAGUCAAUUCCAUAUGUUGCCAAGGUUUCUGCACUCUGGGAGGAUCCUACAUCAGGGGAACUCAUGAUGAGCCUUUACUGGUACUACAGGCCUGAGCACAUUCAGGGGGGCAGAAACCCCAGCAUUCACUGUGAGAAUGAGAUCUUUGCAUCCCGGCACCAAGAUGAGAACAGUGUGGCCUGCAUUGAGGAGAAAUGCUAUGUGCUGACAUUCUCAGAGUACUGUAGAUUCUGUGCCUUGGCGAAAUGGCAAGAGGAAGGGUCUCCUGAUCACAGGCCAGUGGUUCCUCCUUCUGAAGAAUACUCCACACCUUCUCAUCGCAAAGUUCCAGAGAACACAGAUCCAGAUCUAGUCUUCAUUUGCAGACACGUUUAUGACUUCCGUCAUGGGCGAACUCUGAAAAACCCGCAAUAGUUCAUAGCACUUCCCAGAUUUCAAGAGAACUCAGGCUUAUAAAACAAACACACGCAGCAACUGAAAGAAACCCGAAUGAAUGGAUUUUGACUGGAGUUAUAAUUCCACAAAGCCAUCCUGGUGGACAACAGAUACUCUUACCUUUGCCUUAUGUACAUAGAUUAGAUGAGUUUUUAUGACCCGUUCAAUCACGUUGACUGGAUACCAAAGGACAGUGACCGACCGAAAACUGGCUCCUGGGAAACAGUGCUGGUUCCUGCACUAACCAAUUCGACUGUCAUAACAACACUCGAGUCACUUUUCUCAUCCUCAUCCUCCAUCACCACUAACAACGAGUCCUGUUUCCCAAAUUAUCGCUGGCCCAUUUCACAAUUUCCAUGAAUUAAAAACAGCGACAAGAAAUAUUGCACUUAUAUUCCAAAUCAAUUUAUUUCUCACACGACCCUUGCCCAAUUUCCAAGCUGGCAGUCAGUGAAUGCCAGCACUAAAAUGUUUACAUCUGAAUUCGGAUAUCAUUCCAAAUUCUUUCUCUUUCUCUCUCUUCUCUUUCCUCUCAUUUAAUUAUUAUUUCAAAGAAAAUUGCUUGUUGGAAUUAAAUUUCAAAAAUGUAUUGACUUUUGAGGAAGAAAAAUUAAUAUAUGAUUUGUUUGAUAGCUAUGUUUGAAGAGACUUUUUUUAAAAAUAGUUCUUUCUCUACUGAUGUUCUGAUGUUUUCACUUGAAAGGUUUAAUAAUGUUUGAAGUGUUAGGCCCAUGGCCAAUAGAAUUAAAGAUGUUUCUCGGGGGAACCAUA